ACUUAGUUUUGAGCAUAAAUGAACCUUCAAUAAGAAUGAUUCCUUCAAUAACAGAUGUCCAUCUGUCCCCGCUGUAUUGACUCAGAUUUUCAGGAAGGCGAAAAGCAUUGUGGGGAUUUCUAGAAGGCGAAAAGCAUUAUGGGGGCUUUGAGACUGGUAGAAAAGCAGGCAGCAGAGUCACGUCCAGUGCUAUUCCUUAUCACGCACACACACAUGGACGGAAGAGAGAACAGCUUUACUGGGGAUUGUUCUGUAUUAACCCUGACGGGCCAACUGCAGUACAAGGAAAACGGUCUCGGCAGACAACAAAAGAUUUUUUUACUUUUAAAAAUGGCAUGAUUAAAGUCAUACGCAGUAACUCCAAAGACUGGAAGCCAAGCAGGCAAGAAAAGUGGCGCAUGAAGUCAUUCCACCUGAGAAUUCACUGGACAACCAGAUGACAGACGAAAAGACGGCUCGAAUGGGACACCCGAGUGUACCAAUGUCGUACAUAUACACACGAUGGCAUGGGGACGAACACAGAUCCAGUCGGCUGAAACCGUACACACCGAACGAUGAUCUCAACAAUGCACUUGGUGCCAUCAGAGUCCUUGGCAUGGAACUGAUUGAAGAUGAACUUAAACCACACCUGAACACAGUUCUGAUCAAUAUUAAGGAAAGAGAGAAAGGCGCUGCUGAGCAGGUCGUAAUCAGCGGGAUCCUGCCAAUCCUGGCUCUGUAUCUGAGGAGCCGAGGGCCUCUCACCCUGCUGACUGCUAAACUCGUGGCCGAACUUGCCAAGGAAUCUGUGGUCCAUAAAGGCUUCGGCGACGCCGGCUUGGUUACUGCACUGCUGUUGGUGCUGACCGGUACAGACCAAGAACUGCUCCUUCACUGUACACGGGCCAUCUCUCGCAUGUCCUACGACAGCUCAAAGCAGCAGGAGCUCCUACUCCGUCGAGGUGCAAUCCCUCAUCUUGUUGGUAUCUUGUGGCGUUUUCCUGACGAGGAUGCAUUGGAGGAGGCGUGUCUACAUGCCCUGUGUAACCUCAGUGGCAUGGGAGUGGCCGAGGAGGCGGGGAUUGUGUGGGAGAGGGGCGUGUCCUUCAGGCCACGGGAGUCCGCGUUUCACGGCGUGUCUCCUCACACCUGUGGUUUUGUUUCAUCCGUGACGCUGGUGCGAAUCUGUCAGUUGGCACCUGGUCAAUACACCGUGAAUAUCGAGGUCUUCCAGCGCUGCUCCUCCUCCUUCUGGAACCUUCACGGGAACCAACGUACCACCCGUUUGUUCCCGUUCUCCACUUUGGGAAGGUGUUCAAGCCUGUUCAAAGUGAUCAAGUUCUGUAAGCGGAAUGUCCCUUGGACCAAGAGUCUGAAGACCAGAGUGUUCCACACGUUCCUCUGACUGCUCUUCUUCCUGCUCUACAUUUUCAUUGAUCCAGCUUAUAUGCUAACAAGAAGUGACGAACGGUAAAUGGACUGCAUGUCUGCAGCGCUUUUCCAUCUGAUGCAGAGUCUCAAUUCACUUUACAGUGAU